UCUGCUGUCGGGUCAAUAGCAUGGGCUGGCUGCAGAUCAUAUCAUUGUAACACUAGGGUGUGUGCUGGGAACUCCUCCAUGCAGAGUCUCAGAGCCACUUCAGAGACGUGUAUGGCCAGUUCUCCUGGGAGCUGGGUGUCCAGAUCCCCUCGGCAGCUUUGCAAGUCUCAGCCCCAGCCAGCAACGGAGACUCAGAUGUAGGUGGCCACUGAUGAAGAGCUCCACCUCAGAGCCAGAGGGGGCCAGAUUUAAGGCUGGAGCUGGAAGAACGGAAACUGCAGAAAGCCCUUAACAUCUUAUUAAUUAGCCUGAAUGUGCUUCUUGCUUGGGGAUUGCAUUAGGACUACACAGGAGCACCAGGUAGCUGGGACGAGUUUAGCACAGCCCCUCCUGGCUUGGCCAGAGGGAACCUUCUUCGGAAUACACCUGGCAAACCAGGUGCUUACAAACCUCAGUGUGGAAGCAGAUCCAGACAGGCCAGCUGCUAGACCAGGGCAUCCAGCCCUUCUUGGUGGGAGCACCACGUUGUAAUUCAGUAUGGGGGUUGGAUGCAUGGGAGAAGCUUGGCGAGACAUGCAGCAGGAGGAACAUGGUCGCCUCCAUUCCAGCUCCACACGGAGGUGAACAAUGUUCUGCUGGUGUUUCUGGGUUGCCUGCCACCUCAGACACCUGCUGCUGGCUCCUGGCCAGUUCCCAGCUGGAGAGACGGAGCAAGAAGCUUUUAAAACACAAACAAGUUCCGCCACAUUCACUCCCGGGGAGCUGUCCUGCUCCCUCCAUGGCCAUUGUGCAAUGCACAAGGGAUGAUGCACAAAGCAAACCUGACUUGUUAUAUAGGUGGCUCACACUCAUUCUCCUUCGCCCAUGCAUCGCCGGGGAGGUCAGACGCAGGCAGACUGCGGUCCUAGGAGGCAGGAGCGAUGGGUGGAGAAGCGAUUGCGCUCGGGCCAUAGACAAGUUGCAGAGCGUGUGGCAGACCUGGCUGGGAUGUCUGAGACUCUCUCCAGCAAGGAGGAGCCCCUGGGGGAGUGCCCUGUGUGCUAUGAGAAGUUCCAUCCACUGGCGGCUGCCCAGAGGACCCUGAGCUGCGGCCACACUUUCUGCCACGACUGCCUGGUGAAGUGCCUGCUCUCCUCCCGGCUAGAUGGGCAGGUCCAGAGCAUGAUCGUCUGCCCCGUCUGCCGCUACGUGACGUUCCUCAGCAAGAAGGCCACCCGCUGGCCUCCCAAACCAGGGGAGCCCCCUCAACCCAUGGAGCUGGCUCUGUCACCCUCGUUGCUGCCCCACCUCACCAAGUCAGUGCCAGACAACACCUUGGUGGUCCCCAGCCAUUUCGCGAUGCCGGUGCAGAGCUACGACAGAAGCCACAGUAUGUGUGGCAUCCCCACGGAUGCCAUGGGCAGGCCGGUGGGCCUGGCCCGGGAAGCCCAUGUCUUCAUGAUCAGCGAGCAUGGGAUGCCACUGGUGGCGGAGAGCUGUAGAUCACUGGCUGCGGGACACGGGGACGAGGCAUCGGAGUCCGUGGCAUCCAUGAGCUCCCUUGGGCUGCGGUGCUGCCAGUCACCCAUUAUCCUGGCUGUUCUCCUCAUCAGUACGGUGGCCCUUUUGGCGGCAGUGUUCCCCUGGCUCCUGUUGGUGAAGCGGAAGGCCUGAGCAAGGCCCACAGAAUACUCCAGACAGGGCCUAGGCAGAGAGCUGUGCCUAGAACCCAACCUCGCCGAGAUGCCCCCACGGGAAUGCUCUCUAUGUUCCCUCUCAUGUUUCCAUCCAUGUGCGGAAUAAGUUUUGUUGUGUGCAUGUGCACUAUCAGGAGAAACACAUGCUGCCUGCUGGGGGUUCUGUGGGUCCUCUGUCAAUCAGACGGGCAGCAUUUGAAUCUCUCCUGUGUGGCCACCCAAGCACACGGCUUACUGGGAACACUGACCAGGAUCCUUGGAUUGUCUGCAAUGUGCAAUUCCUGCAGGUGGCCACAGUGCAAACACCUGUGGUCUUGCUGGCCAGUGCAUGACUGGGAGACCUCGGAGGAAUGCCCAGAGGCAGCAGGAAAUGGCACCGGGACUCAGCUGGUGUUGCACUUCCCGUUGAACGUGGGGCUGAACUGGUGCCCUCAGCAAGGCGCUGAGAGCCAUGCGCCACAGUAAACGGGUGGCUGGUACUGAGACAACUCAGGGGCACUGGACUGGUGGGGCUGGGAGGCCCAGGAAACACCAAGGACUUGGCUGCUUGUGGCUGUUUGUGAUAAAUUCAUUCAGGCACCCUCCAGGGACAGAAUCCUGCUUGUGUCACUGCAGAGACACGAGGGUCCAACCCUGUUUUAUUUAAAGGACCCCGUUGCCUUUGACAUGAGUAUUUCAUCACCCUAGAACGACUGGCACAGAAGUGUCUGGACGUUGGUGAUGGGUGUGUGGUCACCUCAAUUAAA